UGUGAUAGAAGACCAAAUGUAAGAAUAGCAGUACUAGUGUUGGGGUAUAUAAGAUGAAGCCUAAUAAACUUUAGUGAGCCUGGAUGCAAUGUGUUUGUGUAGAACUAACUACAAGUUAUUAUUAGAUUGAAAUAAGAAGUAAGAAGUGAGUGGCUCUUCAACAAGUUCCUAUGCUUGGGUCCGCCUUGGAUUUGGGGUAAAAGAAAACACCUCGAGAUAGACCCAACAAACAAACUUACUUCCCUCUCUUCCACUUUAUUCUUCUUCCUUCAAAUUCCAUUCUCUCUCUUUCUCUCUCUUCAUUCCAUUAUUUCAACUACAUUCACUAACAGAGGAUCACCACUCUGCUUUCAUCAUCAAACUCGUUAUGUCUAUAUCUAUUUCAUUUCACUAUUAGAAAAUUCAACACAAAAAUCCCUAUUCUCUCAUCUUCUCUUUUCCUACUUCUACUUUCUUCUCUCUUCAACCAACAACACACAAAUAAAUUGCUUCUCUUUUUUAUUGUUCAUCCAGAAAAUUAUCUAUAUGAAGUUUAAUUAACAAUGAGAGAUGACAACUCCAAGAAAAGCAAGCUUUCAUGGCCCAAAACUUUGGUCAAAAAAUGGUUCAAUAUUAAGAGUAAAGCUGAAGACUUUCAAGCAGAUGAUGAUGUUCUUUAUGGAGGUGUUGAUGAAGAGUGGAUGAACAACUGUUCACAAAGGGAGGAAUGCACUAUCAAGAAAAGCAAAACAGAAAGAGUAAAGAGAAGGCACACAGAAAGAAUGCGACGAUGUAAGAUUGAUCACGAUGUAGCUCAGGUUACUGAUGUGCAUAACUAUAGAAUCUUUGUUGCUACUUGGAAUGUAGCUGGAAGAUCUCCUCCAAGUUAUUUAAAUCUGGAAGAUUGGCUUCACACUUCUCCUCCUGCUGAUAUUUAUGUUCUUGGGUUUCAAGAAAUUGUGCCUCUCAAUGCUGGAAAUGUUUUGGGGACAGAAGACAAUGGUCCUGCUAGAAAAUGGCUAGCUCUUAUUAGAAAGACACUUAACAGUCUUCCCGGAACGAGUGGCGAAUGCCACACUAAUUCACCUCUCCCUGAUCCCAUUGUCGAGUUAGAGGCUGAUUUUGAGGGAUCAAUGAGGCAGAAAGCUACCUCUUUCUUCCAUCGCAGGUCGUUCCAAUCUUUAAGUCAUAGUAUGAGAGUGGACAAUGACAUGUCAGCACCACAAGCAUGCCUUGAUCGCCGUUUCAGCGUAUGUGAUAGAAUGAUAUUUGGUCACAGCACAGGUGACUAUGAUUCCAAUUAUAGAUGGGCGUCAUCGGAUGAUGAAAAUGGAGACUCUCCGGUUACAGCGCAGUAUUCGCCAAUGUCAUAUAGAGGGUGUGUCUCUAUGGAGGACAGAGAUAGACAGACAGAGAACUCAAGAUAUUGUUUGGUAGCUAGUAAGCAAAUGGUUGGGAUCUUUCUAACAGUUUGGGUGAAAAGCAAUAUAAGAGACGAUGUUCGCAACAUGAAAGUGUCUUGCGUUGGCAGAGGGUUGAUGGGAUAUCUUGGAAACAAGGGUUCAAUAUCAAUUAGCAUGUCCUUGCACAAAACAAGCUUUUGCUUCAUCUGUAGUCAUUUGACUUCUGGACAAAAAGAGGGUGAUGAGCUACGGAGAAAUUCAGAUGUAAUGGAGAUUCUCAGAAAGACAAGGUUUCCCCGAGUUAACGGCAUUGCCGAUGAGAGUUCUCCUCAGACUAUCCUGGAUCAUGAUCGAAUAAUUUGGCUGGGGGAUUUAAACUAUCGGAUAGCCCUUACUUACCGUGCAGCAAAAGCUCUCGUAGAGAUGCAUAAUUGGAAGGUAUUGUUAGAGAAUGACCAGCUACAUAUAGAGCAGGAACAAGGUCGUGUCUUUGAAGGAUGGAAUGAGGGCCAAAUAUACUUCCCUCCCACAUACAAGUAUUCAAACAAUUCGGACAGAUACGCAGGCGAUGAAAGGCACUCGAAACAAAAGAGGAGAACUCCAGCAUGGUGUGAUCGGAUCUUAUGGUAUGGAAGAGGCCUCCGCCAAUUAUCUUAUGUUCGCGGGGAGUCAAGAUUCUCCGAUCAUAGACCAGUUUGUAGCGUGUUCCUGGCAGAAGUUGAGUCUAUUAGCCGAAACCGAAUCAGAAAAUGUUCUAGUUGUUCAAGUUCAAGGAUUGAAGUAGAAGAGUUAUUGCCGCAUUCACAUGGCUACUACAAUUAUACCGAUUUGACUUUCUAUUGAUGAAUGCUACAAUCUUUAUUCUGUAUGAUCAACUUGACUAAAAGAAACUGAUGUACAAAAUGUAACAUACAAGGUGGGCACUGCUCUGAGGAGGAAUGCUAGCCCCAAUAGUGAGUGAUGUAGACAUUCUGUUAUUUUAUCAGUCCAAGAGAAGCUGCUGAGUUUGGUUUUGUCUACAACCACUAACAGCUUCUUUGAUCAAUGCAAAUAACAUCUCAAUUCUCAUUAAAAAAGAAACAUAAAAAGAAUGAAUGCUAUGAAGGGUGCUCAUUGCAGGUUUUGGUGGAUAUGAAGCUUCUUUUCUUGUGGCAGCUAAUGAUUUCACUGAGAACUACUAAAGUGAAUGAGUACAUUUUGUGGCUUUGUUUCAACAUUGUUUUUUUUUUUUUUUUUUUUUUUUUUUUUUUUUUUUUUUUUUUUUUUUUUUUUUUUUUUUUUUUUUUUUAAUUUUCUGAUUAAGAUGAAAGUUGACACCAAAAGCAAAGAAAGAAAUGCGCACAGCAUACAUUGCUUUAUUGGCUUUUAUCAGCAAGUCAUUAUUUGUACCCAAUUCCAAAUUAUGACCUUUUUUUUUUUUGCUUUCA